AUGAUUAAAUAAUAAGCUCAAGCUCUUUUUGAUAAAUAGGAUCAUGUACUUUUGCAGUAAAUUUCUACUAGAAGGGAGAGUUAAGAAAAUAUUUAGCCAAUAUCUAUAACAGACAUUGACAUAACAGCCUAAGAUAGUAGUUAAAUGCAUAAAUAAAAUAGAAGAAAUACAAAAGGUACAUCUGGUGGUGAUGAUGAUGAUUCACAGCAAAAUAAUUAUUCAUAAAACAAUAAUUCUAUUAUAAUGCUUGAUCAUAAACUUAAAGAAGAAAAAGAUAAUCAAUCUAAAGAAACAUAAGCUUAAAACUAAAUUAUGAAUACAAGUUCAUUAUUAUCAAAGUAGAUGAGAGCAGUGGCUUAGACGCAAUCUUAAUUCAAGAAUAUAACCUAGGAUAAAUAUUCUGAAAUAAGCAUAAUCAAAAGUGAGAUAGAGAGUUCAUUUCAAAAUGGAGAAAAGGUUUUUAUAAAUAAGAGAAAUUUAUCUCAUUCAAGAAGACUUUUGCCAAUGGAAUAGAAAUUUACUAUCCAAAGCUCUAAAUUUUUAGUUAGUAAAGCAAAGAGUAGCAAAAGCUCAGAAGACAUAUUUAUGUUAAUAAAAAAAUCUGUAAAAUAAAAAAUUGUAAAAGUCUUAAACUAUUUGCUAGAAAAGACUGAAAAUAGGAGGUUUAAAAGCUUGAAUUAAAAUCAAAUCUAGCUCAUUAAUGACAAAAGUUAUGUGUUAAGCUAAAAGGAAGAAAAAACAAAUAAAAAAGUUAAAUGUUUUUCUCUUCUCUAAUGGAAAAUAAUUAGUUCUACUUUCUAGUUAAAGUAGAUUUUUAAAAGAUUAUGUGAUAUUGUAACUAAAUUUUUUGUCGGAAUAUACAGCAAGGGAGAUAUAGUGAUCGAUCGGAGUCUUAUUUUUAAGAGUUAUGUUAAAUCCUAUUUUUUUAUUGAUUUUUCUUCUGCUUUAAUUCUUUUAAUUAACAUUUUAAGUCUUUUUGAUAGCUAUAAGUACUCUGCAAUAUUUAAAUCUAUUUUUUUCAUCCGAAUUUUAUCAAGUUACUAAACAUUUUUACAAAUCGAUCACCUGAUACAUAUUGUAGGUAAGGCUGGAAAUCUUUAUGAACUUUUUAAGCUCAUGCUAAAGUGUAUUCUUUUGUGCCAUAUAAUUUCAAUUUUACUUUACUAGUUAGCUAUAGUAGAGUAGACAUAUUUUAAUGUAACGAAUACUUGGAUUGAUAGCAUAGGAAUAGAUAACGCUUUGUGGUAUGAUAAGUAUAUCUAUGCUUUGUAUUAUUCCUUAAAUAUCAUAAUGCUUAACCCAUAAAAUUAAUUGAAUACCUUAGAAACAGCUUUUGUAAUUUUAGCUAUGUACUCUACUAUUGGCUCAUUUGCUUUAAUUAUGUAGUGUAUAAGUGACAUUUUAGAAUAGGAAAAUAAAAAAACAAGAGAAUUCAAAGCUGACUUAGAUACAAUUAACUAAUAUAUGAGAAAAAAAAAUUUAAAAAAGGAGCUACAGUCAAAAGUCUGUAACUUUUUAGAAUAUCUAUAUGAAGAAAAGGGAGACAUUAAAAAUAACAAAGAGGCUCUCAACGUUUUGAAGAGGCUUCCUGUAAGUUUAAGAGAAGACAUCUAAUAAGAUAUCAACCAAAAUGUUAUAGAGCAAUUUUAAUCAAUUUGCAAAACGUUUUCUGAUAAAAUAAAAAAAAAAACUAUCUAGAUUAUCGAAGAAGAGUGUUUUCUACCAAAUGAAAUUAUUUUUAAGCAAGGUAGCUUCACUAAUUAGGCUCUCUAUCUUGUAUAGAAAGGAAAAGUUUUAUUAGAGAAAGUUAAGGCGAAUGGUGAAAUUGUAACAUUUUGUGUGUUAGAAAAAAAUGGUAUUUUUGGUGAAACCAACUUUUUUUCAGGAUUAGAAUUCAAUUAUCAAGUUAGAAGUGGUGAUUUCACAACAGUAUACAAAAUACCCAGAAAGUAAUUUAUAGAAGUUAUCUAAACUUCAAAUGACGAUUUUGAAUAGUUUUGUGUUACUAGAGAUUCCAUACUUAUUCAAAAAAAUUCUCCUUUUUUGUAGGUAUGUUGUAGAAUAUGCAAUAGUAAUUAUCAUUAGGAAAAUGAUUGUGAUAAAAUUCAUUUUUCUCCAAAUAAUUAUCUAAUAAUUCAGAAAUAAUAAGUAAACUUUUAGUAGGAAAGAGCUACUUAUCAACGAUAACUUAGAUUAAGAACUAAUGCCAUUCACUUUGUAAAUUAAAUGAGAGAUGUAUGCGAUAGAUUAAAUUAAAAUCCAGAUUACAUCACUUUAAUUGAAUUAUUAGAGUUAGACAAUCUUAAUCAAUCUAACGGGGAAUCAGAGAGUUCCUUCCAUUCUGAUAGGGAUAGUAACUUAGAUGAGCUAGAUGAUAGUCUCUCAUUAAAUCAAGCAGAAUAAUAAAUUUAAGAAGAAUUAGAAUUAGAAAUGUAAAAAUUAUCUGAUUCCAAUAGCAAUUAAAAUAAAAUAUAUAAAAUUCACUCAAAUUUUAUUGAUAAUAAUUUCAUUUAAGAAGUUGAAGAGAUUUAAGAAGAAAGUCCUUAAUAGUAGGUAUAAAAAAGUCUAACUGUUUUAGAUCUAAUAAGUUCGGGAGAUUAAUAUAGUCUAAGUUAAAUAUCUGGAUCUCAUUUACAUAAUUAAAAUUUAAAUCUACAAAACACAAAUAGCUCAUAUCUUAAUUUAAAUAAUCCUUCAAUUAAUAAAUUUUAGUAAGUUUAAAAAAUCAAUUAAGUUGCUUAAUAAUUUUCACAUUUAAUAAACCAAAAUCCUACUGCAUUAACUUCUUAAAGCUAAACUAAAAUUAUAUUUCAAAAUUCAAGAAGCUAAUUCGCAUCUUAUAAUGAUAUAUUUAAAUCGAAUACUAUUAAUUCGUAAGCUACUAAAAAGUCAAAAGUUUAAUUUGAUGAUUAAAGUGUUCUUGAGUAGCAAAAAAGCUCUUUCAAAAGGAGAAAUGUAAAAAAGAAAGGAUUAAUACCAAAGAGUAUUACAAAACAUGAUACCAGGAGCUUGAACGAAUAAAAAACAAGUUAAAGCAAAAAACAGAAUUCUAAAAACGAAAUAGAAAAUACAAAUAAUAUUAUGUAAUAAGGUGGAAUAAUUAAACAGCUUUCAAAAAUUAAUUCUAUUUUAGAAAAAUAGUUAAGCACAUUAACUCCAUAAGGUAUUACAAAAUCUUUGUAAUAAAUUUCAGUGAAGUCAAUUGAUCAACAAUAAUAAAAUUAACAAAUAGUGCAAUAAUUAUUAUUGUUUGAUUAAAUUAAAUAAAAUAUAAUAGAAUUAUAACAUUAAAAUUAAUAACAAAUUAUGAUUUUUUAGAAUGAAUUUGAAAGAAUGAAAAAAUAUAGAGUAUAUUAUCCACUAGGAAAUUACACAAAUGUAAUUAACUCUAUAAACAGAAAUCUUAAAUUGAAUUUUAAAUCAACGAAAAAAAGAGCUCAUAUAAGAACAUGGUCUUUUAUCAAAAAGCUCUAAUCUUUUAGCAAUUAAUGA